GAAAAGUAUUUACUGGUGUGAAUAGACGUCGUGAGUUGGGGAGCUCUUAAAUCGGAAAUAAAAUCGGAAAAUAAUUUUAAUAAUUAUUUUUAAUUAAGUGACAAAGAAAAAAAUAAAACAAGCCCCCCAAAAUGUCCGUAAGACUUUUAAUUAAACUAUUCUUUUCGGAAUUUAUUGCGACGGGAUUUUUAAUGUUCGCCGCCUGUAUGGGUGCCUGGGAAUCAACGAUAUUUCCGAAUACAAAUUUUCAAAUUAGCAUUAAUAUUGCUCUCAUUGUAAUGAUAGUAGUUCAAUGUUUUGGUCAUGUAUCGGGUGGUCAUGUCAAUCCUACUGUUACUGUGGCGGCUUUUAUUAAUGGUGUCAUAAGUUUUCCCAUGUUGGUGGUCUAUGUUUUGGGUCAAGUUUUGGGUGGUACAGUAGGUUUUGGUAUUUUAAAGGCUGUUUCACCACCCAUGCCCGAAAAUUUUUGCCUAACUUUACCCAAUCCGGAACUCACGACAUUGCAGGUGUUUGUGGUGGAAUUUGUUAUCUCGAGUAUGUUGACUGUGGUCGUAUGCUCGUUAUGGGAUUCAAGUAAUGCUGGCAGACAUGAUGCUUUACCCAUACGUGUUGGUUUCACUUUGGGUUCAUUGGUUUUCUCAGCGAGUCGCUUAAGCGGUGGUAGUAUGAAUCCUGCUCGCUCCUUUGCUCCAGCUCUUUUAAUGUCCAAUUUCGAUUACCAAUGGCUAUAUUGGGUAUCUCCCUUAUCAUCCGCCAUCAUCACCAGUAUUAUUUAUAAAUACUUUUUUAAAACUCCCGAACCAAAAGAAAUCAAAUCCAAUAACACUAUCGAAGAAGACCAAAAUAAGGUUCAAGUUUAAAUCGAAUGAAAUUGAAUGAAAAAAAAAAACGAAAUCAUUAAUAUUUAAGUUAUUUGAAAUUAUUUCUUAACGACUAAUUCUACUAAAUUUUCGAUAUAUUAAACCUUUUAAUUUGAGAUUAGAUGUCAAACAUUACUAUUGUUAACUUCAUUUGGUAAAUUAAGUUAAGAUUUAAUUUUUGUUAAUUAUAUUUCUAAAUAAUUAAAAUUAAAUAAUAAGCGACGACAAAUUUUAUAAAUUUGAAUAUAUUAA